UCCUGAGAAGCACGGCGGUGUCAUUUAGGAUAAAAUAUUUUGUAUUAUUAUAGUUCACUUAAACCGUAGUACUGCUAGACAAACGUUUUUUUAAUAUCCAUUUUUUGUAUGUGCCACAUUAAAGAGUUUUGUUCGUGACGUUGCUUUUCGAUAAUACUGUAAAACAAAAAAAAAUCAGUGUGCACAGCGCUUCGUGAGGGGCUGUGCAUUAAUAACAGCUACACUCCUAUGAUAUAUCCACCCUGCCAGUGUCUCGGAAGAGGGGACAGCCCCUCUAGGACUGUAAUUUUUAAUUACACCUCACGUGCUCAGUAAAUCCCCGCGAGGCGGGUCCGCGCGGCUCGGGAACCUGCCGGGAGCCUCCUCACGCGCGCAGGUUCCGCUCACCUGAGAUCACGCUGCGGCGCUCGCGUUUCAUUGGCUCUGCUAUCCGGUUGCCAUGGUGACCCGCACCCCCUCCCCGGAUACCCGGCUGCUGUUUUCCAUCAUGGCUCCUGCGGCAGACAGGCCCGGGUUCUGGGGCCAGCCGACCUCGACCCUGGACUGGUGUGAAGAGAACUAUGCCGUUUCCUUCUACAUCGCCGAGUUCUGGAAUACUGUGAGUAACCUGAUCAUGAUACUACCUCCGAUCUAUGGUGCCAUACAGACUGUCAGAGAUGGCCUUGAGAUCCGUUACGUUUUUGCGUAUUUGGGUCUCACAGCGGUUGGUAUUGGCUCUUGGUGCUUCCACAUGACACUGCAGUAUGAAAUGCAGUUACUGGAUGAGUUACCAAUGAUCUACAGCUGCUGUGUAUUUGUCUACUGCCUAUAUGAGUGUUUCAAGCAGAAGAGCUCAAUGAAUUAUUUUCCCAUUGUCCUCCUGCUGGUCUUCAGUGUUUUAGUUACUGUGGUAUACUUACAAUGGAAGGAGCCAGUGUUCCACCAGGUGAUGUAUGGUAUACUGGUGGCAUGCCUAGUUCUGCGAUCUGUAUUCAUCGUUACAUGGGUGUACCCUUGGCUCAGGCCACUGUCCUACACAUCCCUGAGUGUGUUCAUGAUGGGAUUCUUACUGUGGAACAUAGACAACAUCUUCUGUGAUACCCUGAGAGAAGCUCGUCUGAGGCUCCCUGCUGUUGUUGGUGCAGUCACCCAGUUUCACGCCUGGUGGCACAUUCUGACAGGCCUGGGGUCCUACCUGCACAUUCUUUUUAGCCUCUAUACUCGAACAACCUACCUCAAGCACAGGCCGAAUGUAAAGUUCAUAUGUGGAGUGUGGCCUGUGAUCCGAGUGGAGCCUCCUAAGAAGAAGUGAGGGGGAAGGGAAAGUGAGGACCAAGCCUGUGGCAAGCACACGCUCCAGAGCCAGGCAAUAGGACGGCAUCCCAGUUACAGCUGAUUCCAGUGGCUGGAGGCCAGGAGUUUCCCAUCUCUUGAUUUGGAGGGAUACUUGAAUUUCCACGAGUGCAAGAUUUAGCAUUUAGUAUGGAUAACAGGGAAUGGUUUGGUUUUAUUUUUAUGGUUUCUUCUAGGGGUGAACAUUUAGUCAAAUGAUAUGGUGGAGAUUGUGUUUAUAAAGACACACUUGAGUGUAUAUUUAUAAUUAUGGCUGCAGUUUACAAAGCAGAAAUAGCUAUGUAUUUAAGAGCUCUUUGACUCUUUUCUGUUAAAACCACUGUAAUACCAAGAGAAAACACAAAUUUGAUAAUAAACCAGUCCUGCAAUAUUGAAACAUUUCGUUACGAAAGAAGUUCAUCAGAUGCUACAUUGUAACGAUAACAUAGUGAUUACUUGGUGAUUAAUAGUAGUUACAUACUGUAGCUCUUUAUGUCCAGUAACCUUAAUUGUUGACAGAAUCAUGUUAGUGGAAAGGGAAAGAAUCUUUGAGCUGGUCACAAAACUGGAGGUGGCUUUCACUUUAUAAUCAAGGCAUUAGUGUUUGUUGGAUGAUUUUUUCAAAAAUGGGCCUGUAGGUAAAUGCCAUACAAGGGUGUUGUAGUGCAUACUUUACUGAGGCCAGCCAACAGACAUGAAUACGAUAAAACUGCAAACUGGUGAUCGAUGCUUAGAACCUGCUAAUCAAGAAUGUGAUGGGUUUAAGAUUUGUGCUUUUUUCCCCUAACGCAUGGUAGGUUAUGGAAUUUUGACUCGGAGGUGCUCAAGGGCCUGUGAUAUUAUUAGUCUGGUUCAGCGGCACUGAAGAGCAUAAAACAGCAGGCUGACUUUUUUUUAAAACUUUAUCAAACAAAGUGCAAGUGAUUAUACCUUUCAUUGUUUGUCAGCAGAUUAAUACUAGAAAGGGGUGCUUUUUAAAUAUGUCCAGUUAACAUUACCUUAAUAUCUGCUCUGUGCAAAAUGACUACACAGACUAUUCUGUAUGUGUGUAUCACGUGUUAUUGUCCAAUAAGGGGCUUAAAAAAGCUAAUAAGUGAACUGGAAAGAGUGGUAAGAUAAUACCUACAGUACAUACUAUUGCUUUUCUUGCUUUCUAACACGUAGUUUCAGGAGUAUGUGUACCGCUAAAUUGUAUUAAUUGGAUUAGAUUUCAAAUUUAGUACACAUUUUCAAACAUUUCUGUUGGGCAUAUAUUAUUUGGAACAUGCCCAUCAGACAAUGGGAAAUAAAACCAGCUGGUUUUUCACUUGCUCCCAAGUUUUCAUUGCAUACUGCAGGUUUUUAUAUCUAGUGUAGGGCUGGCUUUAUUCUGGCAGGAAUUAGACUGUUUUUUCCAGAUAUUUCAAAGUAAAUGGAUGUAUCGUUAUGUGAUCCUGACAUAUGUCCUUAGUGUUUUUUUGUUUAUAUUAUUAUUUUUCACAUACAGCAUUAUUUAAAACCUUUGGGUUGAAUAUGCAUUUAGUUACCGGUAUAGUAUGCCUGAACUGGCUUUAAUACAGUCUUUUAAUGAUCAGGGAUCGCUUGAUUGUCUUGCUCAGUCCGAGGCUCGGCUGACUGUUUUCUUCAGAAGCCAAGCACCCAUGCAAAGACUGUGGGUUCUUUGCUAAACAAAAUGAUAUUUUUUAUACAAGUUUUUUAGUCAUGGAAUUUAUACCAUCUGUUUGGAUAAAUAACAGAAGAUUUAUUAAUUCUUUAUUGAUUAAAGCAGUUCAGUAAGUGUAAAGUAUCAACUUGAUUCUCUUUUCAUGACAACAGAAAAACCAAACCUUUAUACAAAAUUGAAAACUAAUGAAAAGUAAACUAACCACGUUGAAGAAGCUGCUUCCAAACCAGUUUCUCUGCAGCACAGUCAUUGGUGGAUAUUUGGUGGUUAGUGCAUUUUACCUAUUACAUACACUUGCAUGUACUUGCAGGUAAGAAAGUGGGUGCAUUCCAGUGUUUAUAACCGUGUAUCCUUUAACAGCAGCUGGUAUACACCUGUGAACCCUUGUGCAUGCUAUUACAUUGGUGAAAGAGUCAGGCACCGGUCCCUGUGUGGGUUGUUAUCAGGGAUAGCUCUUCUGAGCAGUUUCGCUAGAGAACUGUAUUCCCACAGUUGUCUAAUGAACAGUGUUAAUUAAAUAUGUACCGCAGUCUCCCCAGUAGGGCAGAAGGGACCAUGGUCCUCAGCGUGUGCAGCAGGGACAUUGCCUCAAAAGGAAUAGGUUUCUUGUUGGCAGGUUUAAAGAGGAGUACAGUUGUCACUACUAAAUUAUGGAUGUUUAACAAAAAUUACAGCUGCAAAAGAUUUGAAGAGCCCCAUCUCAUUUUGGUGAGAGCAAUUUUCCAAGAGAGCAACUCUAAACUACUUUUUUCAACCAGUCUUAUUUUUCAAAUUAGACCGAACUGUCAUUUCAAACUGAAACACCUCCUGCUGCUGUUCUUACUGUGUCAAACUGGACCUCUGACCCUGUUGUGUUGUGGGGAAAAAUGUUCCAGCACACCCCAGAAUAAUCCAGUCAGCAACAGAAGCAUUAUGUCAAAAAGCACCAUAAUAUAAGAACUUCAUUUUGCUUCAAAUGGCUGUUUCAUUGGAGUAGUAAAUAUUUGUCCACAGAAUCUGAAAGGCCUUUCGUAUAGUUCUACUUUACCUGUGCUGGUGAACAAAAGAAAAUAAUUGAUCUCAUUAGAUAAUUGGUUAAUUCGAGUCUUAUUUUCUGUUUUUUGCAUUUGAAUUGUGAACUGGUGUUUUAAGGAUAGACUGUUGUUCAAUCUUCUACCAGAUACUACUUUGAAAUACUAAACUAAGAAUGUUAAAUAGAUGCUGCUGGUUGGGGAAAAUGACAUUGUACUGAUGUUGAGUGUGCCUUAACUUUUGAACUACAACUAUAAUCCAUGUUGCCUUGAAUUUCAUUGUUUCAUUUUUUAAUGUAUAAUAAAACACAACAGGUAAACAGAAAAAAAAACUUGGAUUAUAUCUACACAGAAAUACAGAGAUCAUUGUCCAAAUCUGUACUAUAGUGUGUAUCACAUGUAGACAAUUACGGCAGUAUUCAAGUCCUGUAUACGUUGUUGUGCCAAUGGUACAGAAAGAUUAAACACAUUCUGUGAUGGUCAGACCUAUAGUAUUGUUGCUUUCUCUGUCUUGUUUUUGAACGUAUGCUCAAUUUUUGUUAAAUCAUACUAAGUGUUGAUAAUUCCCAGGAAAUUUUUACAGUUUUGUUUUAGAGGCUAUGAAAAGUGCUAGACUUGGGUAUGGGUUUUUUAUUUUUAAUAUUGAAUAUUAUGAACAAGGAGCAGUAAUGUGAAACAAUAUCAUGAAAAGGGAGUACAUAUAAUAAAUUAUAAAAACAUCUGCUUUGGUACUGGAUACAGUGCUUGUCAAACUGGAAGUUACCUUAACAUGCUGAAAUGAAAUUCUCUACAUGUUAAUGCACUGAUCUGUAUGGUUUUAUACAGUCAUGUAUUUUGUGAAGACAUUCUGUUACACUUACAUAAUGUGUCUUAUGUAACCAGUUUUUUAUGUAUUAACAUUGUAUUAAAUUGCAUUUGUACUAUGUAGAUUUAAUUUAAAUGGUGCAUUAUAAAGGGUUGUAUUGUGGA